AUGCACGGGGCGGGCUUCUUGCAGGUGACACACAGCGGCCUGUCUGUGUCGACGGCAAAUGCCAACGGCCACGGCAACACCAAUAGGCAUCCUCACUAUCACCAUCGAAACCGAGAUGGGUUAGCUGGGACCGGCGACCCGUGUCAGGACGACCGAAGCGGGGGCGGCGGCGUACAGAGGCAAGAGCCUCCCGACACCCCGGGAAGCAACCGUAAGGGGCACGACGAGGAGGAGACCCUUCGUCGCGGGGUGGCUGACCUGCUGACGCGCGUGCGCCGCGGGGUGAACUCGUACCUCUCCGCCCUCGCGAGGAAGCAGAGGAACGUGGCGAGGCAACGGAGGGAGCGCGCCCGUAGGAAGUCUUCGUCGUCCAACAACCGCGACUUCCUCGUAGACGCCGAGGAGGCGGUGGGGCUUCUCUCCAUCGCCGUAGGCGGGACCGAGAGCGCCGACGCGACUAGGGCAACGGUGGCGGCGGCCGCGGCGGCGAAUGGGGGUCCCCUCCACCGGUCCCAGAGCGCGGUCUUCGUGCCCUCCAGGCCGGACCAGCAGGCGCCGGACGCGUCCAGCGCGACGUCAGCGGUGGAGACGAGGAGUGUCGGGGUGGUGACGGAUGUGGGGGAGCUGCGGGACGUUAGCGAGAUGGAGGCUUUCCUGCGGGAAGAAGUGCCGGGCCUCGAUGCCGGGUGCGGUGUGGAGGCCUCGGCUGGGGGGCUGUCUGCCCGCGGCGUCCGCGGCGGCCGCGGCGGCGGCGGUUCGAUGAACAGGGCCGGGCGGGCCGGGCUGACCACCGGUGAUCUGGCUCGCCUGCAUCGCGAGGAGGAGCAAGGGGCCGGGGAAGGCUCGGCGCAGGACGAGGAUCGGGAGCGGUUGAGGUCUUCCCAGGGGAAGAGCCUGGGGGGCAGGCACUUCCCGUGGCGCUUUCGCCGCUUUCGCCGGAAGGCUGCGGCGAAAGCGACUCAUGUGCCGCAGCUAGAGGACCGCAAGAGCGACAUUGAGCAGCUCAAGAGGGACAGGGAGCAGUGGGAAGACCACGGGUUCAAGGUGCUCGGGAUGGAGAUAGGACACCUGCCUAAGGCCCAGCAGGUUGCGCUGCUCGCCGGCGGCGUAUUCUUCUUCCUGCUAAUCUACGGGUACAUGCAGGAGUACCUCGUCGUGAAAAUCUUCGAACGCAAGUUCGGGCUGUUCAUGACCUUCCUCCAGUUCUUCGGUUACGCCGCCUGCGCGGCUUUGCGGAGAAGAGUCCACCGCGAGACGGUCCGGAAGGUCCCGCUGAGGCUAUACUUCGGCCUGGGUUUCUUGCAGGCGGUGAUGCAGGGGCUGACGAACGUGUCGAUGAUGUACCUCAACUUCCCGGCGAAGGUCCUCUUCAAGUCGUCCAGAAUUGUGCCCAUCAUGUGCUUCGGAGUGGUGUGGCAGCGCAAGAGGUACUCGAUGAGAGACUGCCUCGUGGUUUGUUUCAUAGUCACAGGUUUGGCGACGUUCAUGAACGCGGAGACUCGGUCCUCGGCGGAAUCGGACACACCGUGCAGCUUGCUAGGGAUCCUGUAUAUUUCGCUGGCGCUGGUCAUCGACGCAGCCAACAUCAACAUGCAGGUGCGCAGACGUGCUUUGGCUCGCGUUUGGGACGGGGAAAGCGCGCGUGCAGAGAGUGGUCCUGGUUCGGGUCGACCAUGGUAG